CCAACAGUCAGUCACCAAGCAAAUGAUCCAACCGGAUCUAAACAUCAUGGCGGUCACCCCAUCUGUGCCAGACUUCAUGGAGGUCACCCCGUCUACGAGAAUCCAUGUUCACUGAGUUAUCAGAACAAGCCAAACAAGACACGCGCAGCAAGUCAUGAAAUUGAAUGAAAUCUGCUUGACAUGCUACUGAAGAUGGAGUUUAUUAAAGAGGAGUGUGAAGACAUCAGUAUUUCUGAACAUUUCAGUUUAAAGAAUGAAGACCCAAAGGAACAAAGAGACCUGAUGCAGCUGAAAGAGGAAGAACUGAAUGAAAUGGAGGAGAAUCAUCAGUAUCAGGAACCUGCUAAAUUUGUAACUGGUGAACAUUUUUAUAGUUGCUCACAGACUGAAAAGAAAUUCUCACAAAACACAACUCGAAGAACAGAAACAGAAAAUUAUUUCACCUGCUCUCAGUGUGGAAAGAGUUUUCCAACUCAAGUAGCCCUUAAAAGGCACAUGAGAAUUCACACUGGAGAGAAACCUUUCACAUGCCCUCAGUGUGGAAAUAGUUUCUUAUUAAAAGGAUCCCUUGAAAGGCACAUAAGAACUCACACUGGAGAGAAGCCUUAUUCAUGCCAUCAGUGUGAAAAGAGUUACACACACAAAGCAAGUCUUAAUAUCCACAUAAGAACUCACACUGGAGAGAAGCCGUAUUCAUGCUUUCAGUGUGGCAAGUGUUACACACACCUCAAAAGUUAUAAAGAGCACAUGAGAAAGCACAUGCAAAUUCACACCGGAGAGAAAACUUUUGCAUGUUUUCAGUGUGGAAAGAUUAUCAAACAUAAAAAAAACCUAAACGAACAUAUGAGAAUACACACAGGAGAGAAGCCUUUUAACUGCCAUCAGUGUGGAAAAAGUUUCACACAUAGAAGAACCUUUAAAAAUCACAUCAAAAUUCAUACGGAGUAGAUGCCUUAAUGCCCCUGCACACUUCAUACAAAACUGAAGUGUGUCCCCAUUCGCAUGCCUUCAUUGUGGAAUGAGUUUAAUAGACACAUGAGACAAUUAAACACAUGAGAGCUCCUACAACAUGCCUUUCAUGUUUCA